AUCAAAAAUCCAUAAAAACAAAAAUCUCUUCCAAAAUUUUUCCUUUUUCCAAAAAACAAAAAAGAAAAAAAGGAAAAAAAAUGUUUGGCAAACAAAAUACAAAAUAAAUAAAAGCUCUGCGAAAAACAUAUCCAACAUUAAUGAUUCGUGGAAGUACAUCUUCUAAGACUUCGGAGACCGAAUUGGACUCUUCCCCCAACUAUAAUUACGCAAAUUGCCAUCCCCACACUGCUAUUCCUACUGUUUCCUUCUUCCCCCAAAUUCAAUUAAAUACUCUGCAAAACCCUCGGCGUUAUCUCUCUCCUCUCCUUCCUAUAAAGAAGAAUCUUUCUUUCAUUUUUUUUUUUUUUUUGGGGCGUCUCUCUCUCUCUCACAUUUUCUAGCCCGCCGGUUUGUUUUUCUUUUUCCAAUCGGAGAGUGUGAUUAAAAGGUUUCGUCUAAUUUUAUUUUUUUUAAUUAAUUUAUUUUUGUUUUGCUCGAUGGAGGAAGAACCGUUGCCGGACCAUUUGCGGUGCAACCGGAGUGACGGCCGGCAAUGGCGGUGCAAAAGGAGGGUUAUGGAAAACAUGAAGCUCUGCGAGAUUCACUACCUCCAAGGCCGUCACCGGCAGUUCAAGGAAAAGGUACCCGAGUCUUUGAAACUUCAAAGGAUGCGGAAAAAGAAGGCACUCAGUAACAAUAAUAACAAUAAUAGCAGAGACCAGAGCAGCGUCAAAAUUAGGGUUAAGAAGGUCGAGAAUUUGGCCAAGUUGAUGAAGAGGAAGAAGAAGAUGAAGGAGAAUUUCAAGAGAGGCGCCGACGCGCAGUUGGAGUUGAUCAGGAUGGUUCUGAAGAGGGAGGUCGAGAAGAGGAAGAGGAACAAGAAGAAGAAGAAGAAGAAAGACGAGGAGGAGGUUGUCGUGGAAGAGAAUCAGAACAGCCAAGGAGGAGAGCUUAUGAGAUACCUUCCCAAUGGUCUCAUGGCAAUCUCUUCCUCUCCAUCUUCUUCUCCGAGGCAGCAUUCUGGUUCCGAAUCGCCUUGUAGAGUCAAGGUUGGGGUUGAUUUUGGGGCCGUUAGGUAUCGGCAAUUCCGGUCCAAGAACAUUGAGCCAAUGCCUACUGGUACAUUGCAGGUUUUGCCCUAUGCACGAAAUGUAGCGGAAUUGAGGAGAGCUAGGAAGAAGAAGUGCCAUGGGUGUCAUAAAAGUGUUUCGAGGAUUCUAAUCAAGUGUUCCAGUUGUCAAAAACAGUUCUUUUGCUUGGACUGCAUCAGAGAGCGGUAUUUAGAAAAACAAGAAGAAGUCAAGAUGGCAUGUCCAGUUUGUCGUAAAACUUGUACCUGUAAGGACUGCAUUGCAAAUCAAUCUAAAGACACUGAAAGUAAGGAUUUUUUGGGAGAAAAAAAUAAAGCCGAAGUAAUAUUAUGUUUCCAUUAUUUGAUUUGUAUGCUUCUUCCUGUAUUAAAACAAAUAAACCAAGACCAGGAUGUCGAGCUAGAAACAGAGGCAAUAAUGAAAGGGAAGAAUCCCUUUAAUCUUUAUGUCAAGCAGGUUGAAUUUAACUGCAAUGAGCAAUAUUGCUGCAAUAAAUGUGAAGCUUCCAUACUGGAUCUCCAUAGAAACUGCCCAAAUUGUUCCUUUAACCUUUGUUUAAAUUGUUCUCGUGAUUUUUAUCAUGGGACCUUUCAUGAUAGUAUUAACAUGUCUAUCUCAAAGAACCCCAACAAAAAGAGAAGCCGUGUGUUUGGUAGCAAGCAACAUUCAGAGAAGAAGCCAGUUAGAACCCCCAAACAGAAUUUCAGUGAUAAAUUCUCUGAUUCUUCUGCUUUACCAUCUGACUUGAGACCUUGUAGUGAUAUUGGUGGUAUCUCAUGCCCACCCAAGGAGUUUGGUGGUUGUGGUGAAAGUCUCCUUAAUUUGAGAUGCCUUUUCCCUGUGACUUGGACUAAGGAGCUGGAAAUAAAUGCAGAAGAAAUAGUUUGCAGCUAUGACUUUCCAGAAACCUCAGACACAUCUUCAUGCUGUUCACUAUGUCUUAGCACAGAUAAAAAAGCUGAAGAUAUUGAGCAGUUGCAAGAAGCAGCUGUAAGAGAAGACUCGAAUGAUAACUAUUUAUAUUACCCUAAGCUUAGGGACAUUCAAUGUGAAAGCCAUGAACACUUUCAGAAGCACUGGAGCAAAGGUCAUCCUGUUAUAGUCCGUAAUGUGCUUCAGGCUGCAAUGCAUUUGAGCUGGGACCCUGUAACGAUGUUCUGCGCCUAUCUUGAGAGAAGCAUUGCCAGAUAUGAAAAUAACAAGGAUAAAUGUGAUGCUACCAAUUGCUUGGAUUGGUGUGAGGUAGAAAUUGGUAUCAGACAGUACUUUAUGGGUUCUUUGAAGGGCCAGACACAGACAAAUAUGUGGAAUGAGACUUUAAAAUUAAAGGGUUGGAUGUCUUCCCAGUUAUUUCAACAACAGUUUCCAGCUCAUUAUGCUGAAAUAAUCCAUGCUCUACCAUUUCCAGAAUACAUGAAUCCAGCAUCUGGUCUUCUAAAUCUUGCUGCAAGGUUGCCGCAGGAAAUUCCGAUUCCUGACCUAGGUCCAUGUGUGUAUAUUUCAUAUGGCUGUUCUGAGCAAUUUGUAAAGGCCGAUUCAGUGAUAAAACUAUGUUAUGAUUCAUAUGAUAUGGUUAAUAUUCUGGCACAUACUUCAGAUGUCCCUGUCUCUGAGGAACAACUUUCUAAAAUAAGAAAAUUACUGAAGAAGCACAAUGCUCAAAAUCAAAGAGAGUCUUCUGGGAUUACUUCUGAUGAAAAAAAUGUAAGUAAAGUCAAAGGAAAAUCAUCAUUGCACAGUGAAAAGAAGGAAGAAGCAGGAAUACAGGAUCUUAUUGGAGAAGAAAUGCAUCUAAGGAAGAGAGUUGCCAGAGUCUCAUGUUCUUCUGCUGCCAUCCUUGAAGCAUGCUCGAGGAAUCUCAAAGAGGAUAAUAUGCUUCUUGGCGGAGAAUCUGAUUCUGACUCUGAAGUUUUGUUGCACUGUGGUACUAUCCGUGGCUCUGAGUCAUCAGAAGAUAAGAAAAAUUGCAGGGUUCAAAAUCAAAGCUCCAAUCAUUAUGGAAAGGAACUUCUAGUAGAGUCCCGUGGUGCCCAGUGGGAUGUUUUUCGGAGACAAGAUGUUCCUAUGCUUAUAGAAUAUCUCAAAAGGCACUGUAAUGAAUUCGCUCAUACACAUGAUUUUCAUAACGAUGUUAUCCAUCCAAUACUUGAUCAGAGUUUCUUUCUUGACACUACUCAUAAAAUGAAGCUUAAAAAGGAGUUUGAGAUUGAACCAUGGACUUUUGAGCAGCGUGUCGGAGAAGCUGUCAUCAUUCCUGCUGGAUGUCCGUACCAGAUUAGGAGUCCUAAGUCUUGUGUUCAUGUGGUGUUGGACUUUAUCUCACCUGAAAAUGUCACCGAGUGCAUUCAGUUGACUGAUGAAAUCCGUCAGCUUCCAGAAGACCAUAAAGCAAAAGUAGACAAGCUAGAGGUGAAGAAAAUGGCCCUUCAUAGUAUCAAUGCAGCAAUUAAAGAAAUUCGUGAGCUCACUUGUCCAAUGUAAAUAUCUCGUAGCGAUUUUUUUCCUUUUUUGGUUUUGUUUUUUGUUGCAAUUUUUUCAUUCCCCAUUUAGCUCCAGGACAUGCAUUUGUAUGGAUUGGAGGUUUCUCCUUUGAGUAUAUAAAUUUGUAAGAUGACAGUCCGAAAUUAAACGAUGUGGAGUAUUUCUCUGAAUAAUUGUAAAUGCUAAUUGUUUGGACAUGAGGUGCCAAAAUUUAUCUGUAUCCAUGUGAUGUGAUAAUGGAUGGAACAUUUGUUCAGAUUGACGAGCUUCAGAAAUAGUCUAGAAAAUUGUUAUUUGAAAAAAUCAGUAUAAAAUUUGUAUUAUUAUUAUUAUUA